AUGGCUGAAGAUGGCAGCGAUGAGACUAUGUUUAUUUGGUGUGAGGACUGUGGGCAGUACCAUGAUUCAGAGUGUCCUGAGCUGGGCCCAGUGGUGACAGUCAAAGACUCCUUCGUAUUGAGCAGGGCAAGAUCAUCUCUGCCUUCGAAUCUGGAGAUAAGACAACUGGAAGAUGGGACUGAAGGAGUGUUUGCUCUGACUCAGCUGGUGAAACGUACCCAGUUUGGCCCAUUCGAAUCCAAGAGAGUUCUCAAGCUGGAGAAAGAAUCAGUUUUCCCCCUGAAGGUGUUCCAGAAGGAUGGGCCUCUGGUGUAUUUUGACACCACAAACGAAGAUGAUUGCAACUGGAUGAUGAUGGUGCGACCAGCCACCGAGUAUGAGCAUCAAAACUUAACUGCCUUCCAGCAUGACAAUGAUAUUUACUUCACCACCUGCCAGGACAUCCCACCAGGGACUGAGCUGCGAGUGUGGUAUGCAGCUUUUUACGCCAAAAAAAUGGAAAAGCCAGUGCUGAAGCAGGUCACUAGUAUUGCCAAUGAUAUGUGCUUGGUAGUGAUGGAAUCUGAUAAAGAGGGGAAUAAAGUCUCUUCCAAACCUUCAUCUGCUGUCUUACCCCAUAAAAAGACGAAGAAAUCCAGCACACAAGCAGCUGAUCCAGCAGUGAACACUCCAGAAGGCAGUGGAGCUGCAGAAGCAAAGCCCAGUCAGUGGCCAUGUAAAGUGUGUUCAUCUGCUUUCCCAGAGCCUCAGCUGCUGACAGAGCACUUGCUGAGUCACCUGGAACAAGCCAAAGGUGCUCCCCAGACCAGCCAAAAUGAAGCUGUGGCAAAGAAAGCAGCAGAAGCUCCUCCAACAGAUCAGCCAGUGACUAGUGAUGCAGCCAGUGCCAGCACAGACUCAAGGAGAAAGGCCAGGAGGGGAAGGAAGGCCAAAACAGCAAGAGCAGAAACACCUGUUGUCACUGAGAAAGAGAAAGAUUCUACAGUGGAACGUGUAGCUGAGGUCGUGACUGAGGUCCCUCCAGAAGAGGUAGCCCUGCCUCCAGCUGCAGAGGAGAGGAUUGUGGAUUUGGUUUUGGGAAAGAUGCCUAGCACCACAAAUAGCAUCAGUUCAGUGACAAAUAGGUUUGCUCAUCACCAAAACACCAUGUCCCUCAAAAGAAGUUUAAUUCUCUCCAGUAGACAUGGUAUACGGCGGAAGCUGAUAAAACAGCUUGGGGAGCACAAGAGAGUCUAUCAGUGCAGUAUCUGCAGUAAGAUCUUCCAGAACAGCAGCAACCUCAGCAGGCACAUCCGUUCUCAUGGUGACAAACUGUUUAAAUGUGAGGAGUGUGCAAAGCUGUUCAGCCGCAAGGAGAGCUUGAAGCAGCACGUGUCAUACAAGCACAGCAGGAACGAAGUGGACAGUGAGUACAGAUACAAGUGCACCACGUGUGACAAGGCCUUUCGGAUAGAGAGUGCAUUGGAAUUCCAUAACUGCAGGACAGAUGACAAGACAUUCCAGUGUGAGAUGUGUUUCAGAUUCUUUUCUACAAACAGCAAUCUUUCAAAACACAAGAAAAAGCAUGGGGAUAAGAAGUUUGCCUGUGAGAUCUGCAAUAAGAUGUUCUACAGGAAGGAUGUCAUGCUAGACCAUCAAAGGCGACACUUGGAAGGGGUGAGGCGUGUGAAAAGAGAAGACUUUGAGCACAGCACGGAAAACAUGGUUCGCUACAAGAAGGAGCCAUCGGGCUGCCCUGUGUGUGGGAAG